ACAACGUUCAGGAAAUACGCAGCGUAGUACGUCAUCCUGAAAGGCCUCUAUCAGUCUCGUUAUGUAAUGUUGUGGCGCGUGUGUGAAUGUUACACAAGGUAGAGGAGCUGGGCGGUAAGGACCGGGACGGUGGAGAGGACUCAGGCCGGGGCGUGCACAGGUAUAGAGGAUCUCUGCUUCUUGUCAGUGAAUGGGAACAAUGUAAUGGUGUGACUCUGGCUCAUCCAUACCUCUCUGGACUGUAUUUAGGAGACAAGUCUAGCCUUAUCUGCCAAACUGAUCCUGCGGUAUUGGCAUCUAAUUCUUCCCUUGACAAGAACCAGAACCAUGUCUCAGAAAGCAAAGCCUCCAAAGGGCAAAGGCGAAGUGUCUGGAAAUGAAAAUUCUGAUGCAGGUCAGGAAAAUGACUCCAAGAAAAAGUCAUUGACUGCAUCCAAAAGCCAAGGGAAAAGAAAACCUCAAGAAAAUAAGAGCAAGUCUAAAGCAAUAUCUGAAGCAAGUAGUAGUGAGACCUCAGAUGUCGACGCCAAGAAGAGGAAGAUGCAAGAUGUCGGUGGAGAUCUCUCAGAGGCAGUGAAGAAGUUUCGCUCAAGUGUUGGUACUUCUGUGUCUGAGUUCAAGUUUAACAAGAAGAGGGUUCGGUUGGUUUCUGCCGAGGCGGACCUGGAAGAUGAUGCCCUGGGUAUAGUGUACUGGAUGUCGAGAGAUCAGAGAGUUGAAGAUAACUGGGCCUUUCUGUAUGCUCAGCGCCUGGCUCUGAAGCAAAAGCUACCUCUGCAUGUUGUCUUCUGUUUAGUUCCAAAGUUUUUGGAAGCUACCAUCCGACACUAUGGCUUUAUGUUGAAAGGCCUGCAAGAAGUUGCUGAGGAUUGUAAAAGCCUCAACAUUCCCUUCCAUUUGCUUACUGGAUAUGCCAAAGAUGUUCUCCCGGACUUUGUGAAACAACAUGGCAUUGGUGGGGUGGUGACUGACUUUGCUCCUCUGCGUGUCCCUUUGCAGUGGGUGUCGGAUGUCUGUGAACGCUUACCUAAAGAUGUACCUCUUGUUCAGGUGGAUGCCCAUAAUAUUGUUCCCUGCUGGGUUGCCUCCAAUAAACAGGAGUAUGGAGCCCGUACCAUUCGGAGGAAAAUUCAUGACCAGCUUUCUCAGUUCCUUACAGAAUUCCCUCCCGUUAUAACACACCCAUACACCUCAAAACUGGAGGCUGAGCCUAUAGACUGGGAUAAGUGCUAUGCCAGUUUAGAAGUGGAUCGUACAGUUAAGGAAGUAGAAUGGGCAAAACCAGGUUCAAAGGCAGGAAUAAACAUGCUCCACUCAUUUAUAACAGAACGGCUCAAAUAUUUUAACACUGACCGAAACAAUCCAAACCGGCAAGCGCUAAGCAACCUGUCUCCGUGGUUUCAUUUUGGUCAGCUGUCUGUGCAGCGAGCAAUCCUGGAGGUGCAGAAAUAUCGCAGCAAAUACAAGGAGUCUGUGGACAGCUUUGUGGAGGAGGCGGUAGUGAGAAGAGAGCUGGCAGACAACUUUUGUUACUACAACAAAAACUAUGACAAAGUGGAAGGUGCAUAUGACUGGGCCAAGAAUACUUUGAAAGAUCAUGCAAAGGACAAGCGGACUCAUCUGUACACGCUAGAGAAACUGGAAAGCGGGAAAACUCAUGAUCUUCUGUGGAAUGCAGCUCAGUUGCAGAUGGUGCAUGAGGGCAAGAUGCAUGGUUUCAUGCGGAUGUACUGGGCUAAGAAGAUCCUUGAGUGGACCAGCUCCCCAGAAGAAGCCUUACGGAUUGCCAUUUAUCUCAAUGAUCGCUUUGAGUUGGAUGGGCGUGAUCCGAAUGGCUAUGUUGGUUGUAUGUGGUCUAUUUGUGGAAUCCAUGACCAGGGUUGGGCUGAAAGAGCUGUUUUUGGGAAAAUCCGCUACAUGAAUUACCAGGGAUGCAAAAGGAAAUUUGACGUGGACCAGUUUGAGCGACGCUACCACCCCAAGAAAUUCAGUUCAUAGCAACUUAAUACCAGAUGGGUGAAGAUUGCAUGUUGUACUUACUCUCAGGAUAUUGGGGCUGCACUUAUAUUGCCUGAUUUACCUUUCUUCCUACUAGUAUGCAUUUGAGUGUUAAAACUCAUGGACACUUCAUUUUAGAAUUCCUCAUUGUGGAAUGUUUUUCACUGUCCUAUUUAAUUUGAUAUUUGUUUCUACAAAAUUUUCUAUUUUUCUAAAAUUUUCACAUAUUCGGGGAGUUUACUGCAUACAAUUAUAUCUGGAAAUAGAACUGUACACAGAAAGCUCUAAAACUGCAUUUCAUGGAGGCUGCUCCAUUAUUUGGAGCUCUGUAUCCGAAAACUGGACCCAACCUGUAUUAAUGAAUAUUAAAGGGAACCUGUUGUGUGCCACCAAAUCAUGGGCCGCAUGAAGCCUGUGCAGUGAGCGGGUCUGGAACACUAGGAUUUGCUCUAAAAUGUUCAAGCGUUUCAAAGAAAUCCUAGUUUAAAAAAAAAAAAAAAAAAACGCUGGAACACAAGUACGUAGUCAUGGGAGGGGAUUCAAGGCCACUGCUCUCUGCCCCUGAGUAAUGAGAGAUGGGGAAGGAUAAGUCACUUAAAGGGGUACUCUGCCCCUAGACAUCUUAUGCCCUACCGAAAGGAUAGGUGAUAAGAUGUCUGAUCACGGGGUCCUGCCACUGCACCCACCAUUUGUUUAGAGAAGCUGGGGGCAGCGCCAGAGGCUCGUGAUGUCAAGGCCACGCCCCUUCAAUGCAAGUCUAUGGGAGGGGGCGUGACGCACCUACCAUAGACUUGCAUUAAGGGGGCGUGGCCGUGACGUCACGAGCCUCCGCCCCGCAUGACCAGUCAUCCGGCACGGAGCGAAGUUUGCUCCGUGCACCAGAUGUCUGGGUUGCCGCAGCCGAGAUCACGGGGGUCCCCAGUGGCAGGACCCCCUGAUCAGACAUCUUAUCCCCUAUCCUUUGGAUAGGGGGAUAAGACUUUUAGGGGCGGAGGAGUACCCCUUUAAGGCACGUGCAGUACAGCUGCUGGGACCGCCUCCCAAGAUGACGACUACUACUUUUUUUUAAACAGAUUUUUCUAAAACUCGAGGGUAUGUAGCUUCCUGGAGAGUAAUUCAUAGUGCUUACUAGAGAUGAGCGAAGUUACAGUGAUUCGAUUAGUCACGAACUUCUCGGCUCGGCGGUUGCUGACUGUAGCCUGCAUAAAUUAGUUCAGCUUUCAGGUGCUCCGGUGGGAGACUCUCUCCUAGGACUGUAUCCACCUUUUCCAGCCGACCAAAGCACAUGAAAGCUGAACUAAUUUAUGCAGGCUAAAGUCAGCAACUGCUGAGCCGAGAAGUUCGUGACAAAUCGAAUUACUGGAAGUUAGCUCAUCUCUUGUGCUCACUGCACCUGUUUCAUGCUGCCUGUGGUGUGGGCAGCAUAAAAUAAGUGACAGGUUCCAUUUAAGAGAUGUUUUCUACACAGGCUGUUGGACCUAAACAUUUUAUAAUAAGGUGGAUGUUUACUUGUUGCUGUAGGGUUAGAUUUGUUUACAUGCUGUUACAUUGUAUUACUAUUUACUUGUACAAGUGUGUGUGUUUUUUGUACAGGGUUUUUUUUUUUU